GGAAGCUAAAGUGAUCCUAGACUUUGGCAUCUGGUUGUGAGCAGGUAAGUUUCUUGGCCUUGUAUAUCUGUGUUCUUUUUAUUCCUUUCUAUGGAAGCAAAAAGGGGGCGAGGGUGGGGGGGUCCAUUGUUGCCAAAUAAACUCUAAAUUAAAAAAGGUAAAAGACUGGGUAGAAGGGAUUAGGUGGGGACAUUGCCUGGGUCCGACUAAAAGGAACUCUUUCAACAAAUACAGUAUUUAGCUGACACAUGGUGGUAGAGAGGAGGGUGAAAGUAACACAGGGUACCAGAAAAGCCUUUAACUCACUGGCAGCCAGAGUAGUGAGUGCUGAUAAGAGUAGUAUGUUCUGAUAAGGUAUGUGGUCGCGGAUCUGAAGGUUUAAAAGAAUCUGCUCCUAUGCAGGAGCUGCAGCAGGGACUUGUGAUCCAGUAGGAUAUCCUAUGGAGAGGGUCAGUAAUAUGGCCAUGAGAGGGGCUCAUCUAGCAGGGGAUCAUAUGGAGUGGGUCUGACUAUAACAUGCAUGAGACUGUCAGCAUGUGCUUCCUCCUACGGUGCAGCUAUUACCAGCUAUCGGAUUACAUGCCAGCAACCUCUCGGGCUUUGCAAGAGCUAUAGGGAAUUUUUAGGCGAUCAAUAAGUAAUGAUACGAUGGGGUGCAUGUUAUCACCUGUCCCCCCGGCAGUUGUUGAGUCUUGGAUGCCCAGCAGAGAGGCGACUGUUUGAGCCAAGGCAGGAGAGAACCCAGCGCUUAUUGAAUAGUAUUCCUCACUUUUCGGCUCGCUUCAGGGGCAAGUACUGCGAUGGGUUUCCCUGUAAACAGAACUUAACGCCGUGCUGACAAUUCGUUCUAUUCUAGAAUGCUGAGGUUUGUAGACUGAUCGCUGAAAUCAAUAGGCUAGAAUGAGAAUGUCAGAAUGUGAAGUGGUUACAUUAAAAAAAAAGUUAAGUUGGCCACUUGUUUUGUUUGUGGCGAGAGUCACAGGGACUGGCUUGUUCAUUAUAUAUGAUACACUGUGUUUAAUUUCGGUAGCACCAAUACGAAUUUUGAAUAUCCCUAAAUAUUGUUGUAAGAAGCCUUAUUGUUCUUAGUGUUUUGCAAUAUUUCAGAUAUUGUCCCUGGAUGCAUUUGCAAUCUACAACAUAGAUUGUUCUAUCCCGUUUACCAGGGAUGGCCGAAAGGUAAACCCAUAUGGGAGGUGUAUUCCCCUGGUCUACCUUUCGGUCACUCCUGCCAUAUAGUUUUUUCUCUCCAAUAUUAGGAACAGAUGUGCGGAAACUGCCUUGGAAAAUAUUGAAACAGAGCCAGGGAGACAGUUUUCCUGAUGAGAGUAUAAUGUAUUGAGUGGCUAUUUUAAGGCUAUAAAACAUGUAACCUGCCCAGUAUCAUUACUGUGUAGGGAAGGAAUGGGAGGGAUUAGUUGAAGGAAGUAGAAAGCUUUUUACCUGUGAUUCCUGAUUCUUACAGGAUGUGACUAUAUAGAAGCUCUCAUGCAGUUAUACCUAUAUCACAAACAGCUCUUAACUUGCUUACUGAGAAUGUUGGGAGUUGUAGUAAAAAAACAAAAACCUGUGUCUAACACACAGAGUUAUUUUAUUCACUGGGAACAGGUAGAAUACAUUAGCCAAAAUAAAAACAUGUUUCCCUUUGUAGCAUAUAAUAUGUUUUGAUUUCCCCAUCAUCAUAUUAAGAUGCGCCUCUACAGGUCACGGUUCAUUUGUUAACUAUGAUCUUCACCUUUUUUUUCCUUCAGACAGUAAGCUAGUUAGGGGAGGGACAUCCUCCCCACCUGUUAAUGCUACUUGUAACAUCAUAUUACUUGCAUAUUGUUGCAGACUAUUGUACAUCACCGCUGAGUAUGUUGGUGCUUCACAAAUAUACUACUAUUGUUAAUCAUAUUUAUACUUGACCUAAGUGAUUCUCUCACAGUAAUCACCCCUGUUCUAUAAAAACAAGGACAAAACAACAUUUAUAUAGAUAAUUUUAGGAGAUAUAAUUUAAUUUAAUUUCGCUUUUAGAAAUUUGGUGACAGAUUUGCAAUCUUUAAUAUAGUACCAGAUGACACACAGCCCAGAUGUAGCUCUUGAGUCAUGCAGUCUAUUCACCUGUUCACUAUAGUUGUUUUUAAUUCAUUUAUUUAUUUUAAACAUCGCAAUUAGAUCUCUGUUAUCGUUAUUAAACAUGGAAUAAACUAGGAUGUAUUUAUUUGUCCUAAAAAGGAUUGCAUUAACAUAAAUGUUCCUUUAUUUAGUUUUAAAUUUUAUAUGCAUCUAUUUUCAACACAUGGCUAUAUGAUUUUAUUUAAAAAAACCAAAAAAAAAAACCCAGUCAUAUGUAUUAUUAGGGACAGAAGGAACUCUUAAAUGUCUAUGACCAACCAGAGCCAUGUCUUUUUUGUUGUAAUAUUUAUAGUUUGUUUAACGUAGUGUAGUGAAAAGUGUGUAUAAUAAAAGUGCAUUAUAACAUUUUCAUAGGUUGUUCAUAUUUAAAAAGGAGAUCUAUUAAUCGUUGGAAUAUAGUUAGGGGGUUUUAAGAGGUUCAGACAAAUGACUCUAUACAUAGGAAAUAAAAGCUAAAUGAGGAAUUAAAGAUAGUGUUAACACAAGAACAUUGUUGUUGUUAUACAUAUGGAGCACCAACAUGUUUCAUAGUGUAGUACAACAGACAGCGAGAGAAUGACUAUAUGCCGAGAAGAUAGGUGGAUGCAUAAGUAAAAUAAAUAAAUAUUAUUUACACAACUGAAUGAGUUGACUGAAUGAAUGGGAAUUAAUUUUUAUGUAAGUAAAAUACAUUUUAUAUGACUUUGAUUAAUUAGUAGGUUAUUACUUUGGUUUUGUUUUUUUAUAAUAUAAGAUUAUGAUUUGCAUAUGUUCCUAGAUCUGUUCAUCUAGACUCUAGAGCAUUAUUAACUGCUAAUCAGUGGGUACUUUGUGCUGAUCCAAAUGACAUGUCUCUUUAAAUGGCAUAAAAUAUUCUGCAGUUCAGUACACCAUCAUUAUUGCCAAACACAAUAGGAGAUUUAUAGAUAAUUGCAUUAUAAACAUUCAGAUGACAUUUUAGUGGGUGGUUUUAUUAAAUAAAUGAAUAAAACACAGUUGGGAUGUUCAAACUACGAUAAACAAUGAAAUCAGUUUAUCGUGAUAUGAUUAUAAUUUUUUUGUGAAGAUUGGCAGGCAGCCCCUCAAUACAAAGCUUGUCAAUGCACUUCAUAUUGUAAAAGGGCAUAUCUGUAGUACUCAUUUCCUUUAUGUCUUCUGUCCUAACAGGUCUAAAAGACAGGUUGCACUUGAAGCCCGCCAUGUCCAGAUCGGGGGACAGGACUUCUACCUUUGACCCGAGCCAUAGUGACAAUCUACUGCAUGGUCUAAAUCUGCUUUGGAGGAAGCAAUUGUUUUGUGAUGUGACUUUGACAGCCCAGGGUCAGCAAUUCCACUGUCACAAGGCUGUGCUUGCGUCUUGCUCCCAGUAUUUCAGAUCACUUUUCUCCAGCCACCCAGGCCAGGAUGGGCUGCCAUCUGUCCCUAAGGACCAGCAACAGCAGACAGAGGAGCCAGGAACACCCUCCUCAUCCCCAGACGACAAGCUUCUGGUGAGUCCCAGGGCCAUUAACAAUCUGGUUCUUCAGGGCUGCUCCUCAAUAGGACUCCGACUGGUACUGGAAUAUCUUUAUACAGCCAAUGUUACAUUGUCAUUGGACACAGUGGAGGAGGUCCUGUCUGUCAGCAAGAUCCUGCACAUACCUCAGGUUACUAAACUAUGUGUACAGUUUCUCAAUGACCAGAUCUCUGUGCAGAACUACAAACAGGUGUGCAAAAUUGCAGCCUUGCAUGGUCUGGAGGAGACCAAGAAGCUGGCUAACAAGUACCUGGUAGAGGAUGUCCUCUUACUCAACUUUGAAGAGAUGCGUUCCAUGCUGGACUCUCUCCCACCUCCAGUUGAGUCAGAACUCGCUCUCUUCCAGAUGUCUGUGCUCUGGCUGGAGCACGAUAGGGAAACGAGAAUGCAAUAUGCACCAGACUUAAUGAAGAGGCUUCGCUUUGCCCUCAUACCAGCACCAGAGUUAGUAGAGAGGGUACAGUCAGUAGAUUUCAUGAGGUCUGAUCCCGUGUGCCAGAAGCUACUUUUGGAUGCUAUGAACUACCACCUAAUGCCUUUCAGACAACAUUGCAGGCAGACCUUAGCCAGCAGGUGAGAUUGUGCUUUUUAUUUUGUUCUGUGGCAAUUAAAUUAGUAUCUGAUCUGAUAGACCUAAACUCUUCAUGACGCCAUUUUCUUUUUUCAAUGGGUGCCUUAUAUGGGCUCUGUCAUUACUUGCUAUCAUUAUGUACUGUUAUUCACAUCAUUAUAUUGAUAAUGUGAUGAUGUUUUCUUGAGAGUGGAACAAAAAGAUCAUUAGGAUAUACUAGUAGGCAAGGACAUAUCUAUCAGAUACUACAGUAUCAAUAUAGUCUUCUACAGGCGAAGUGAAAAAUAGAUCUAUUAUUGUUUAAAAAUUUAUUUCUGUUUAGACUUUUUAGAAUGUAACAGCAUGCAACAGUAUAUACAGGACAUAUAUGGGACAUACCCAGUAAGUCUGAGUUGGUGAGGUUUACAGAGUAUUUUACACAGAUGAAGCAGACAUUGUUGCAGAUUCAACCACUGACUAUCGUAUAUUUAUUUUAUGUGGUGUCACCAUAAGCAUGAGGCGGUGACAUGGCUUAGCUUGCGGAGAGCCACGUGUAAUUUAUACUAUAGCAAUUUAAUUUUGCAGCACAGGGUUUUAUUAUUCCUUUGCAAGAGCUCAACGCGUACUUUUAUUAUUGCAGUUAGGCCUGACAAAUGUCCCAGACACUUUACGAAGCACCAGCUUACGUCAGAGAAAAUCCUUAAAGAGGAUCACAAAAAAUACACUAUCUAUGUGAUGUUAAUGUUUUUUUGUAAAUGGUUUAAUGGUUAAUGUGUGCAUGGUUAAUUACCUGACAUGUGCAUGGAACACAUCUCCCAGCAUGCAACUGACCUCUUCAUGCUCACUGGUUGCUUUUUUUUUACAUCUUUGUAAUAUGCUUUAUAACUAGCCAACAAAACAGGAAGUAAGAGGAGGGUCAUUCCUGUGUUAGAAGACAUUAUAAAACAUUUAGGUUAUCACUAAAAAUAAGGUUUAAACACAUCAUUUGUUGUUGUUUUCAUUCUCUGUUAAUCAUUGUAAAGAUCAUUUUUAUGUUAUGAUUCUUUUUUUUUUUUUAAAUACACAGUCUUGUUGAGAUCUGAGAAUUAAUUAGGAAAUUAACUCAUGAAGCAUUAACGUUGUAAGAUCAAUGUGUUUGUCUACUAAGUUCAUUUAGCUAGCCUAUAAGUUUCAUCAAUGAACAAAAAUUCAUUUUGCAACAUCGACAACACUACAUGUAAAUAUAUAUGUGUUGCUACCUGCUGAGAACAAGAUUUUUUUAAGCUACCUGUUUGCUUAAAUUCUGUGUUUGUGCUUGUCAAAACAAUGACGCAAAUUGUGCGUUGGCACUUUAUAUCUGUAAUACAUGUCUUAAACCUUUUUGUUGCUGGAACAUAAAUUGGUGUGUUCGUAUAUCAAAAAGCAUAAUGAAAUAGAGCUACAUCUCUUUAAAGAGUGAAGGGUAAUUUUUGCUGGCUGAGUAUUAUAGGAAAUGUUUUUUGCAAACAUAUGGAGUGCGAAGGUCAGCUAUUACUGUCAGAGAUCAUAGGUCGGGUUAUCAGUUUUUCUUGGCAUGGUUGCUUGUUAUAACAAAUACUUGGUAUAUAGUCAGAUAAAUAGGAUAUUAUUCUAAUGGUGAUUACACACAUUUAAUCUGACAGUUUAAUUCCUAAAAACAAUGAUAUGCCAAAUCAGUGGAAUCAAGAACCUGGCAUUGUCUUGUUGCAAAGAAGACACAAUUAAUGUUUUAUUUGCUUUAAAGUAGUUGUGUCACCAAACUAUACUUUGUAUGUAUAAAGUUAGAAGCUGUGAUAAAAUAUUCACAUUGACUUGAUGGAAUUUCAUAAUCUCUCUCAAAACAAAUCAUAAGACAAAGUAGGACCUACGUUGUCUUAUCAAGACUGAGGUUGACAAAAGGUUGAGUUUCCUCUAUCAAGUUUCGUCUGAAUUGCUACAGCUUGGGAGAAGUGGGAGAAUCAGGCCUUUUCUUGUAGAUUGUGAGACUUUGUGUAUGACUGACGUUAAGGUUAUAUUCUUGCGCAUGCAUGAGUGUAUAGUACUGACACGCCUCUUAGCAGAGAGAAACGCUGAGCUGAGGAGAUCCCCGAAGAUGACAGAGACAAUAUAGUAUUUGCUAAAUAUAUUGCCUGUUUUCUAGUUUUCUGUAAAAACAGCUAGAGAUGCAGCAAUUGCAUCACCAUUAGUUAUCUCUAAUCCGAUUUUUUUGUUAAAUUUACAUGAGCAUGUGGUAAGUUCACGUGUACAUGAUUGUGAACACUACACACAUAAUUUAUAUAUAGUAAAAGGAUUGGCAGCUACUAGACCUCUUACUGUUCAAUGAAGAUCUGAUGCUUAGUUCCCCCUACAACUGCACCCUACCUAUAUAUAGGAACAAAAUAACCAUAACCACUACAGCAGCUGCCCCCCCCCCUCCUCUUAUAAGUAGUCAAACAGUUUUAGAAUGGUUUGACAUUUUACCUAAAAUCCUCCAGGUGCCUCUACUCCCUCAGUGGUGCUGGACUUACCUCUUUGGGUGAGACAAAUCAGUGCAUUAUGUGUAUGCAAAUUUCAGGAUAAUAUUUCAGUGUCCUCUUCUUCCUAUUAUCCACAAGGUCCUUCGUGUCUGUAACAGUUUAGAAAGAACAGAAGCAGCUAGUCUCCCUGAUAUAAAAUAGGAAACAAAAAGCCAUGCUAUAAUACACCACAAUAUGUAUACAAAAUAUUAUAGUCAAUGCUCAACUGGUAUGGGUCAAUUUGGUCUGGCAUGCAGAAAAAAAGCAAACCGGGUUCUAUAAGGGAAAUACCUAUUCCCUCACCAGGUACAUAACAGUCAUAGAAUAGAAAUAAUUCCCAAGCACACCAAUGAUUUUAGUACCAAGAUAGUUUUUAUUUCUGUAGAUAUAUGAUUAAUAAGAAAGUGCAGUUGUGUAAAACAGAAGUACAAACAAAUGCCAUCAAAUGUUCAAAACUACGUGCACGGUAAGUGCUUUUACCAAAAACCCAUAAAACAUAAACAAGGUAUACUGACCUAGAGCUUGGAGACCAAAAAAAACAACAUUUUGGUCCUUGACCUUUCUCAAGGGGGAUCUAGAAGCUGUUAUAUUAAAUGAAUUGUAUGGGCUUGAUAUAAUCCCCUUUGCUAAAGAAUGUAUUAAUAGUAUUCCUUUUUAAUUCACCCCUACCACGAUCCCCUUUAUUAAAGAAUAUAUUAAUAGUAUUCCUUUUUAAUUCACCCCUACCACGAUCCCCUUUAUUAAAGAAUAUAUUAAUAGUAUUCCUUUUUAAUUCACCCCCACAGCUGAACCCCUUUAUUAAAUAAUAUAUUAAUAGUAUUCCUUUUUAAUUCACCCUCACCCCCUUUCCCCUUUAUUAAAGAAUAUAUUAAUAGUAUUCCUUUUUAAUUCACCCUCACCCCCUUUUCCCUUUAUUAAAGAAUAUAUUAAUAGUAUUCAUUUUUAAUUCACCCUCAUACCCUUUCCCCUUUAUUAUAUAAUAUAUUAAUAGUAUUUCUUUUUAAUUCCCCCCUACACCUAUCCACUUUAUUAAAGAAGUAUUAAUAAUAUUCCCUUUUAAUUCACCCUCAUCCCUAUCCCCUUUAUUAUAUAAUAUAUUAAUAGUAUUCGUAUUUAAUUCAUCCCCAACCCCUAUCCACUUUAUUAAAGAAUGUAUUAAUAAUAUUCCCUUUUAAUUCACCCUUAUGCCUUACUUUUGGUUUGGAAAUUGGCUCUAGCAGAGCACAGUAAUAAUUCUCAGUGAGGCAGUUCAGGUAGCUGGCGAUACAAUCAUCACCAUUCCUUGGACCUUCUCUUGCUCAUUUGGAAAGAACGCACAUGCCUGCCAUAGCCAAAAAAAAGCCAGCGAUCUUGAUUUUAGCAGGGUGCUUUAAUUGUAGUACUAAACUAAAAAAUUGAAAUGCUGGCCAUUGCUACUAAACUGGCAUAAUGAACAUAUUCUGAUCUAUGCCCCUAUCAUUAUUAUGACUAACAUUAGUACUAAUUGUAUUAUACUAUAGCCUUACAUAAAGAGAUGCAGUCUAGCUCUGCAAACAUGGAGCUGUGCAGAGUGUACCUGGCUAACCUUCAAAGCUUACACUCUUGCCAAGAAACACACAGCUCAAUGUGGUGAAGAGAAUGGGAAACGCGUGGGCUGGACCUUGCCCACGACUGGGAGCUAAACAGACCCCGCACAGUAUCUCAGAACCCUCUAAUAAGUUGUCUAAGAUGACAGAUGAGCACAACAUGGCCCACGGGUUCAAUGUACCACAGGCACAAAAGGGAGAAAACGUACUCUAAAUAUACAAUUAAAAUAGACAAACAGACAGACAUACACACAGACAAACAUAGUUUUAUGUCUUCCUGGCUGUCCUAUCCUCUUAUUUACACGGAGAAUGCUCCCCCCAAAGUGCAGGUCAGUCUGAUCAGUGUCUAAACUCUGUAUGUACACUGCCGUGGAGGCCAAUCAGGAACAGUGUGUGGGCAAAGGGGCAAGGUUAUGAUACAUAACUCUUUUUUAUAACUAAAAGAAAUGACAGGAAUUAAACAGAAAAUAAUAAUUUUUUAAAAAAGGGUAUGAGCCUAGUACCUAUCAAAUAAAAAUAAAUCAUCGCAAUGAGAUGACUUACACUUUAAGUCAUCUAUCCAUCCAUACUUUAAUUCUUUCAUCUAAGUGUAUGCCAAUGUGUUCCAUUGGAACUACAUCUGAGCAGGUUGGGAAUCAGAAUCACUGAUAGUAAAAUAGAAUUUCCAGCACUGUUGGUGGGUAGUCAUACUGUUCAGUAGUUGCCCCUUAGGGGAGAAGGUAUAAAAAAAAUGAAACAGGAUGGAAUUCGAGUGACUUUUGCAUAGAUGAGCAGGUUUCUGCCGCUGGAUCAUUGAAAAGCACUGGCAAGGCUCCACUCUGGGGAUACCUUCUGUACGAUCCCAUGCUCACCAGUCACUGUUGUAUUGUAGCCACUGGUACUCAGGGGAGAUCAACAAUGGAAAUGGUGAAGCAGCCAAAUAAAAUAAAUUAGAAAAAUAAUAAAACAAAUCAACCUUUUGAGUACUAAUGAACCGAGCGACAAAUUACUCUACAAUCAGUUAUGACGUUCAACAACAAUAAAAGAUAAAAAAUAAAAUAAAAAAUUGUAUCUUUAAUUCUGUGUCUAAUUACGUAAAAUCACACAUAUGAGAUUUUUCUAUGUCAUGAAAGUAUUGUCUCCCGUCUCAGAAUAUAACCUUUAUCAUUUUUCAAGGUUCUCUGAGUGUAAAAUGACUUAUAAUAAUAAUUUAACUAAUAUGAUUUUUGAUGUGUAACUUUAAUACCAAACCUUAUCACAACUGCAGGGCAUUUCCUGUGUACUCAGCCGUAAAAAGCGAUGAUUUAUAUGGAUAAUAAGGGAGAGGGAAAAAAGAACUUGUAAUUCAGGGUGGAACUUAAACAAAUGGCAAGCUAAGACCUUAUUUUUCUGGUCUUCACCAGUAAAGGAUGUGCAUCUUUUUUAAUGAUUUUCCUGCUCAUCUCUUCCCUCAAACUUAUUGUGACAUGAUUAUGGGAAGAUGUACGAAACAUAAAAUAGAUUACUGUUGGGAGCCGGGACGGCAAGUUUUAAUAGCACUCAUCCUUCUUCUUUUCUGUUUUGGGUGAAGAAUUCGAUCCAACAAGAAAAUGUUAUUAUUAGUGGGUGGAUUGCCCCCUGGGCCAGACCGACUGCCCAGCAAUCUGGUUCAGUAUUACGAUGACGAAAAGAAGACGUGGAAAAUACUUACAAGUAAGUCAUAUUGGUUUUUGGACAGUUAAUCAGAUACAUAUGUAAAUAAUGUGUUUAGAUUUAAAAAAGUUAAUAUUUCCUUUCGGAGUAGGGUUUGUUGUAAAAGCAAAGUCUGGAAAAAGUUUUAAUUACAUUGUACUUUUUUGCUUUGUAGCACCUUGUUUUUUGCAUUUCAAACAUUAUAAUAAGAAUAAAAGUGUUGGUGAGUUUAAAUAUUCUUUAAGUUUUUAAAGAUGUUAUGUCCCUAUUUUCCUUGACAACUACCAAAGCUGUCAGAGGUUUUAAUGCCAUGAAUGGUCUUAGUAGGGCUGAAAUUUUUAAAUAUAUUUAAAUCUAAAUUGUUGACUAGGGUGUUGAUUAUUGAGAAUUCAGAAAAGAACUUAAUAUAUAAGUAUCACUUUACCAAUGCAUAUUAUACUUGUUGGUGAUAUUGAUGCUCAGAUUCUGAUUAAAGUGACUUUGUGAAUGCACAUUAGAGAUCAGUAGCUAAUCCUAGUAGAAGCUCAUCUGUCACUUGACAAUUGGCAUAAUCAGCUGAAAAUAUUCCUAUACAUUGCAGAUAGUUUCAUUAGUUAGAGCUACUGCUUGAUAAUCUGACAAUUUUUCAAAUUGGAGGUGGUAUUAGUAACUUUUCUGUAAGUUUAUAAUGAUAUGGGCACUUCAUCUGUGUAUAUAUUUGUACAUUAUUGUUCUAUAUUUUGUUCUAUUUAUAUGUUGCAUAAUAAGAGUGGAAAUCUUAAAAAAAUUUAUCCAUAAUCAGUCAGAUUUUUUUUACAGCAUAUCCAUGUGCCAGUUAAUACUGGAUAACCUUUAAGGUUCCAUACAGGAACAGUAUUUUCCAUGGGCCUGGAAGGUCACACAUUAAAAGGAAUGUCAAUCCUUACAAAAUGUAUAUAUUUUAAUGCAUUUGCAUAACUGCCUAAAAAUGGUUACAACAUGUAUAUAGUUUAAUGCACAUGCAUAACUACCUGAAAUCCUACCUUACCUAGCUGCAAAACAUUAAGUAUUUAAAUAGUGAAUAUUUUACAAGUUAUAUAAAAAUUACUCACAUUAACCAUGUACUUUCACUGAUGUUGCCCAGGGAAAGUUUGCAGGCUUUGAAGGUUUUCCAGUGUUCUUGUGAGAUCCAUAAUUUUGUCCAACACAGGAGUCUGCUGGCAUGGCCAAUGCAUUAUGCCAGCAUUAGUCGUAAAGUAAACACAGGUAGUGACUCUGAAGUUAAGAUAUUGUCAAUAUAGAUCUUUCUUUUCAGGGAGUGUUAACAGAGGAUGCAUGAGGCACAACAAGGGAAUCUAUGGCUAGGGCUUCAGAAAUUCUGUAAUGUAACUCUUGAUAAUUGAUCAACGAGACUGCACUGGCAUGGUCUAUGCACCAAAAUCACUUGUAGCUGAGUAGUAUUGUACUAAAGUGAAGUAGUAGUUUAGUUAACCAAUUUUCCUUCUAACGAUUUCUUGUGCAUAUACUCCAAUAUGCAUUGUGUAUAUUGAUUGCGAUAGGCAGAUUGGUGUUCGGGGUGAUAUACCUAUAAUGUAAUUAAUAUUUUACCAGCUUAUUGAAACUGUUUGAAAAGUAAAAAAAUAUAUAUUUAUUUUGUUUGGCAUUUAUGUUUAUUGAUAAAACAUGAAAAACAUUAGUACGUUUGCAACUCUGAUCAUUUAAAGUUGUAGGUACAAAAUGUGAACGCAUUAUAUGCUUAAAAUAUUUUACAUUUUAUUUGUUUCUUUCAAACAACUAAUACACAUAAAUUCAACAAAUAUGUAUAAAUACAUACAAUGUUAAAUAUAUUGGCUGUAUUUGGCAUUUUUUUGAAUACUUACACCACUGAAUAAUCAAAGUUCCAAAUAUUAUACUAUGCCUGGUCAAUAGGCUUACUAGAUAAUGUAGCAAUAUAUAAAUGAUAAACUGUGAAAUUAUUUGGCUUUUGGUGAUGUGUUAAUAUCUUUACCUUCUGUGUCUGUGCAUAUUCAAACUCUAUGAUACAUUUCCUUUAUUUAAAAAAUAAAAAAAGUAAUGCUAAUUUUUAACGUCUGUUCUUAACAAUGGUGCAUAUCUGUUUAAUGUGACUAUAACCAAAAGGCCAAGCUUUGUCCAAUUUCUGCUGACAGUGACAGCGAAAACCACAGAAUGCAAUGACAUUUUUCUGCUCUGAAAGUUGAAGGGAUACUGGAGUCACUAUUAAGGCCCAUGGGAACCUCGGCUGUAAACCACUGUUUUACAGCAAGUGCGUUCUAAUUUGUCUUAUUUUAUACUACCAAAAGUACAAACUCCCUUGAGGUCAAUCAUGAUCCGUUUUCACUGCAUUCAGAAAAAAAAAAUUGUCAUACUGUACAACCUCAACUAUCUCUUUAUAUGCAGACAAAUAAAAUGCAGUUUCUCUUGAAUGUUCUAUAGCAGAACAUCACACACACAAAGGAAUUUCUGCACAAAGAGUUCUUUCUGACUCUUGACAUAACUCCAUUGUAACAAUUUGGUUUUCACAUGAAUAUAUUGUUUUUUUUGUGACAUGAUUUGUCAGUCUUUAAUUACAAGUCACUGUGCAUCAUCAUAGAAAAAUAUUGUUUAGACUCCUAUAAUAAGACUGUUAUUAUCUAUGGCAGUAUUUGAAAUAUAGCAGGGAAAAAAAUAUAUUCAAUGAGCAAAGUUAGAAAUUUGUGUCUGUGACUUAGUACUCAGUUGGGAUGUGGUUCUGCUGGGCAUAUCAAAAAUGGUCUCUUGUUGUCCAUAGAACAGCAAAGCUAGGUGGAAUGGGCCUUGACAGAGCUAGGAGGCAGGCAUAUGGAUAUUGAUACGAUUUAAAUGGAGGAUUACUCUGAGGGGAGGAGCUUAGGGUUAAUAUGAAUAGUUAUGUUUGGAUUUGGUAUUGGUAGGUUCGAGCUCGUUGGUAGUGUAGUGGUAUCUCGUUAUGCCCCUACAGUUGGAAAAGAAUGCCCUUGGUGGCUGUGUUAAGUGUUUAUGUUAUUUAUAAGAAUGUUAUCUGGUUGUAUAGAUGUAUUGCUGUUAUUUAUGGUUAGAUCAUUGUAUGUGGGUAUAGUUAUGUUUAAGGGGUUGUAUUGGUUGUGAUGUCAUAAUAAGUGUCUGUUUGACCUUUAAUUAAGUUAUUUUAUCAAACCUAGUUAAAGCUGUGAGAAUUUUUACCAAAAUGAUUGUGUCUGUGGUUUUUAUAGGGGGUCUAUGAGCUAAUGUUAGGAAUAUGCCUUUAGGGAUGACUAUGCGCAUGUAAGAUGGCAGAAGACAGCGACCUAAUUAAGACCCCAAAGUGACCAAGAUAUAUCCUAUCUGUCUAACCCUCUCUUAACUGUGCUGCCUCCCCAAGCACUUCCACAAAUUAUUUGAUUAUUGAGCCAAAAUGUCCUUUCCAAAAUACAAACCGCUGGUUCUGUGGAUCACAAAAUAGCUUUCUGUUUCAGGUCUCCUUCCUCUUCCAGCGUACUGAUUCUACUUUUCAUUAUACAGGGAGUGCAGAAUUAUUAGGCAAGUUGUAUUUUUGAGGAUUAAUUUUAUUAUUGAACAACAACCAUGUUCUCAAUGAACCCAAAAAACUCCUUAAUAUCAAAGCUGAAUAUUUUUGGAAGUAGUUUUUAGUUUGUUUUUAGUUAUAGCUAUGUUAGGGGGAUAUCUGUGUGUGCAGGUGACUAUUACUGUGCAUAAUUAUUAGGCAACUUAACAAAAAACAAAUAUAUACCCAUUUCAAUUAUUUAUUAUUACCAGUGAAACCAAUAUAACAUCUCAACAUUCACAAAUAUACAUUUCUGACAUUCAAAAACAAAACAAAAACAAAUCAGUGACCAAUAUAGCCACCUUUCUUUGCAAGGACACUCAAAAGCCUGCCAUCCAUGGAUUCUGUCAGUGUUUUGAUCUGUUCACCAUCAACAUUGCGUGCAGCAGCAACCACAGCCUCCCAGACACUGUUCAGAGAGGUGUACUGUUUUCCCUCCUUGUAAAUCUCACAUUUGAUGAUGGACCACAGGUUCUCAAUGGGGUUCAGAUCAGGUGAACAAGGAGGCCAUGUCAUUAGAUUUUCUUCUUUUAUACCCUUUCUUGCCAGCCACGCUGUGGAGUACUUGGACGCGUGUGAUGGAGCAUUGUCCUGCAUGAAAAUCAUGUUUUUCUUGAAGGAUGCAGACUUCUUCCUGUACCACUGCUUGAAGAAGGUGUCUUCCAGGAACUGGCAGUAGGACUGGGAGUUGAGCUUGACUCCAUCCUCAACCCGAAAAGGCCCCACAAGCUCAUCUUUGAUGAUACCAGCCCAAACCAGUACUCCACCUCCACCUUGCUGGCGUCUGAGUCGGACUGGAGCUCUCUGCCCUUUACCAAUCCAGCCACGGGCCCAUCCAUCUGGCCCAUCAAGACUCACUCUCAUUUCAUCAGUCCAUAAAACCUUAGAAAAAUCAGUCUUGAGAUAUUUCUUGGCCCAGUCUUGACGUUUCAGCUUGUGUGUCUUGUUCAGUGGUGGUCGUCUUUCAGCCUUUCUUACCUUGGCCAUGUCUCUGAGUAUUGCACACCUUGUGCUUUUGGGCACUCCAGUGAUGUUGCAGCUCUGAAAUAUGGCCAAACUGGUGGCAAGUGGCAUCGUGGCAGCUGCACGCUUGACUUUUCUCAGUUCAUGGGCAGUUAUUUUGCGCCUUGGUUUUUCCACACGCUUCUUGCGACCCUGUUGACUAUUUUGAAUGAAACGCUUGAUUGUUCGAUGAUCACGCUUCAGAAGCUUUGCAAUUUUAAGAGUGCUGCAUCCCUCUGCAAGAUAUCUCACUAUUUUUGACUUUUCUGAGCCUGUCAAGUCCUUCUUUUGACCCAUUUUGCCAAAGGAAAGGAAGUUGCCUAAUAAUUAUGCACACCUGAUAUAGGGUGUUGAUGUCAUUAGAUCACACCCCUUCUCAUUACAGAGAUGCACAUCACCUAAUAUGCUUAAUUGGUAGUAGGCUUUCGAGCCUAUAUAGCUUGGAGUAAGACAACAUGCAUAAAGAGGAUGAUGUGGUCAAAAUACUAAUUUGCCUAAUAAUUCUGCACUCCCUGUAUUGUCUGUGGAAUAAUUGUUGUCAAGCAUGCUUGGUAAAAUAUGUUGUUUGUCGAAAUUGUUGAGAAUUACUGGUAAUAUACAGCACAUGAUAUAUUACACCGUGACAUCAUUUAUUUAACAACAAAAAAAAGCCAAAAUGGAGAAGCCAUGUGUGAAAAACAAAGUACACCUUAUGAUUCAUUAGCUUGUAGAACCACCUUUAGCAGAAAUAACUUUAAAUAAUAAUUUUCUGUAUAACUUUAUCAGUCUCUCACAUCGUUGUGGAAGAGAUUUGGCCACUCUUUUUUACAACGUUGCAUCACUUCAUUGAGGUUUACUGGCAUUUGUUUAUGCACGGCUCUCUUAAGUUCCCACCAUAGCAUUUCAAUUGGGUCUGGACUUUGACAGGGCCAUUACAACUACUUGAUUCUUUUUUUUCAGCCAUUCUGUUGUAGAUUAGCUGGUCUGUUUGGAAUAAUUGUCCUCUUGCAUGACCCAAUUUUAGCAAAGCUUUAGCUGUCGGACAUAUGGCAUCACAUUUGACUCUAAAAUAAUUUGGUAUUCAGAGGAGUUUAUAGUCGACUCAAUGACUGCAAGGUUCCCAGGUCCUGUGGCUGCAAAACAAGCCCAAAGCGCACUGUGCUUGACAGUUGGUAUGAGGUGUUUAUGCUGAUAUGCUGUUUUUAGUUUACACCAAACAUGGCACUGUGCAUUAUGACCAAACAUCUCCAGUUUGACCUUGUCUGUCCAAAGGACAUUGUUUCUGUAGUCUUGUGGUUUGUUCAGAUGCAACUUUGCAAAUCUAAGCCAUGCUGUCAUAUUCUUUUUACAGAGAAGAGGCUUUUUCUUGGCAACCCUUCCAAACAAAUCAUACUUGUUCAAUCUUUUUUUAAUUGUACUAUUAUGAACUUUAACAUUUAACAACUUUAACAACUUCAGCCCUCAUGGCCCCCCUCCCGCCGGGCUGAAGUUGGAGGAAGGGGUUAAACACUUACCUUUCUCCAGCGCGGGCUCCCUCGGGACUCUCCUCCUCCUUUGGACGUCAUCGGCUAAAUGCGCAUGCGCGGCAAGAGCUGCACGCGCAUUCAGUCAGUCCAUAGGAAAGCAUUCUCAAUGCUUUCCUAUGGACACUGGCGUCUUCUCACUGUAAAAAUCACAGUGAGAUGCGCGGAAGCGCCUCUAGCGGCUGUCAAAGAGACAGCCAUUAGAGGCUGGAUUAACCCAUAGGUAAACAUAGCAGUUUCUCUAAAACUACUAUGUUUACAGCAGGCAGGGUUAACCCUAGAGGGACCUGGCACCCAAACCACUUAAUUGAACUGAAGUGGUCUGGAUGCCUAUAGUGGUUAUUUAACAUGCUAGCUGAAGCCUGUAGAGUCUGAGUCUCAGUAACUGUUUGCAAUUUAUCUAAGCAUUGGAAGGUCUGACCUUGGGGUGAAUUUGCUGGGACAUCCACUCCUGGGAAGAUUGGUAACUCUCUUGAAUGUUUUCCACUUUUGAAAAAUCUUUCACACUGAAGAUGGACUUUAAAUUGUUUGGAAAUUGCCUUAUAACCCUUCCCAGUUUGAUCAGCAGCAACCAUUGCUUCCUUAUGAUCAUUGCUGAUGUUUGACCUCCUUGGCAUUGUGUUAAUACACACCUGAAUGCUCCAGACCAAACUGCUAAAACUUUAGCUAUUAUAGAGCUGGUCACACUUGCUGAAGGCCAUUUGAUUAGCAGCACCCAUCUGCCACUUAGCCUUCUAAUAGCAGUAAGGGUCUACUUAGUUUUUCACACAUGACGUUUCCAUUUUGAGUUUAUUUUUGUUAAAGGGACACUAUAGUGUCAUGAAAACCGCUUGGUUUUCCUGACACUAUAGUACCCUGAGGGUGCCCCCACCCUCAGGGUCCCCCUCCCGUGGUGCUGAAGCUACUCACCCUUUUCCCCUGCUGGGCUCCCUUACCUCUCCUCCCCCGCCGACGUCAGCAUCCUUGUCUGACAUCACCGGCGCCGAAUGCGCAUUUUUCAAUGCUUUCCUAUGGACGCUCUGCGUGAUUGAGGCAAAUUAUGCCUCAAUCAUUGCCGAUGCGCCUCAAGUGGCUGUCCGGAAGACAGGCACUAGAGGCUGGCUUAACCCCAGAUGUAAACAUAGCAGUUUCUCAGAAACUUCCAUGUUUACAUCAGGCAGGGUUAACCCUAGAGGGACCUGGCACCCAGACCACUUCAUUGAGCUGAAGUGGUCUGGGUGACGAGCUGAAGUGGUCUGGGUGACUAUAGUGUCCCUUUAAAUAACUAAUGACACAAUGUCAUGUAUUGUUGUUAAUCAGAGGUUGUAUUUACCUAAUUUUAAGACCUGCUGAGAAAUAGCUGACUGUUAUUAUGGCAUGAUAUGUAAAAUCAUAGAAUUCAAAGAGGGUGUACUAUCUUUUUCCCUUGACUGUACUUACUUGACUUGGUAUGGUUGAGGUAGCUCAUUCAUUCUGACAUAUUUAGGAGCUCAAAAAAUGUGCUAUGAUGUCAGACAGUCCUUGCUGUGCUCGUCACAAUUCUUCUGCGUGUUGCCGAGUGACUUUAACAAGCUAUGGCAUCAUUUCUAAGCAUUUUUUUAAGCAAGAAAGUGACACACAGAUCCCAGGUCCCUCACAAAAUAGCAUUCUAGUUACAUAUUUGUGUUUGGGAAUAUGAGACCUUUCAAAUAUGCCUUUUAUUCACUUCCUUUCUUAGGGAUUUUCAGACUAUUUCAUAUAAUAUAAUGGCUCUAAAUGCAUAAAUGUAAUUAUCUGGAAAUACAAAAUAAAAAUGUACUUCAAGUUAAACAUACCAAAUAAAUUACCAGUAAAUAAUUAUGAUGUCACUCUGUUCAGACGUACAUGCAUUGGCUAUGCAUGUGUCUUAUUUGGGGUAAGUAGGGUUAUUAUCUAUAUAUUAUUAACAAUGUGAUGGAUCUCUAUGAUAAAUGGUACAAUUAUUGCCUAUGAGGGGAUUUCAGUUCAUGACAUGUUCACUUUAAGGUAAAGGCUACGUUUCACAUUUGAAACAAAAAUCCAACUACAAAGUCUCUCUCUAAACCAUUCAUUUGAUAAACACACACAAGAAAACCUUUUCAGGAAGGGAUGCAGCUAGUGGUUUUAAGAAAUGAAAACCUUAAACGGAUCUUUUAAGCAAUUCCUUCACAAUGGCUAAUAAUAAAGGUGAAAAAAAUUGGUAUUAUUACAUCCACUGACAGUGGGCCCUUCCCUCUCAGCUGUGGCUGGAUGCACAAAAUAA